AUGAAACUGAUUCAUUCUAUUGUUGACAAGAAUACCAAGGUUCUCAUUGGGGACGGGAGGUCUACAUCUCUUUAUUUUGAUGUUUGGUAUGGUAAUGAGUGUAUUGCUGAUAUGCUUAAUGAAACUGACUUGGACAGAAAUGUCAAGGUCAGUGAUAUUAUUGUUAAUAAUGCUUGGAUGAUGCAGGGAGAUCAUAUUCAGAAUUUGGUCCGUGCGGGUGUGGAUCUUUCAAAUUUGCCUUUGUUACAAGGAGGGAAUGAUUGUAGAGUUUGGAUGCCGGAGAUGAAUGGCCACUUUUCAGUCUCUUCAGCAAAGAAUAUCAUUAGAAGGGCGUAUCCAAAAUCAGCAAUUUAUGGUCUUUUGUGGAGGAAAGAAAUUCAUCCCAAAUUGGCUGCUCAGAAUUGGAAGAUAUGUCGUGAGGUUUGUGCAACUCAAGACAAGAUCAGGAGUAGAUUCAAAGUUGAAAUGGCCAACAAAUGUUACUUGUGCAACAUGGAGGAAGAAUCUUUGGAGCAUAUUAUUUGGAGUUGUACGUUUGCAACUCAAAAUUUGGCAGUGGUGUUCAGGUUUGUUUAA